CACAUGGCACCCUGCCUUGCCUGCUACUCCGUACACCUCUCUUGAGCGGAGAGAUUGCGCACUUGCAGCAUUCGCGCAAAGUGCUGCAGCGGCUCUUCAAUAUCGACUCGAAAUUGGCCAGAGCUGUGCAGCAGACUUUAUCCAUUCUCAAUGCAAGUCCGGUGACACCAUACGAACCUCGAGCCUCGAACCUCGUCUUCCUCUCACCCUUCUAUCUCGACCACCAUGUCUGCCACCGAGGUGCCGGCCGUGGCGCUCUACAAACCUUUCAUCGAGACUCAUAUUCAACAGCUCACCUCAUCUCGCGAAGAUAGCGACACGGACAGCCCGGUCCUCGAAACAGACUGCGCUGAGCUCCUCAACGAGAUCCGCUCUAUACGCAAUCAGCAUGCUUCCCCAGAGAUUUUACAACUGCACAAUGCCGCGCUAGAAACCGUUUUCCGCGAUUUCUUUAUCGACGUGAUCGCAAAGAUUGACAUCUCCGAACCGGCGUUCUCACAAGUAUGGGUCCUUUUAGACACCGCAACCAUCCUCUCCGACAACGAAUUAUGCGAUUUUGGACUGGCUUUCUGGCUGGUGGAAGAGCUUCUUGAUAGCCAGACCAUCGAUGGCUGCCGCAAGGUCUUCGACUACCUCGAAUCACGUCGCGAGCGCAUUACAGCGAGACAUUUCAAACAAAAGAGCCUGGUCAUUCUGCGUUGCUGUAAUGAACUCCUGCGCCGCCUCUCACGCGCCGAAGAUACCGUCUUCUGCGGCCGGGUGUUUAUCUUCCUCUUCCAGUCCUUUCCACUCGGCGACAAAUCCUCCGUCAACCUGCGCGGCGAGUUCCACAUCGAGAAUGUCACCACUUUUGAUCCUGCGCCUAAGAAGUCCGACGACGCAAUUAAACCCAUGGAACUGGAUAGCCAGACACCACAAGGGAGUGCCUCCGGCGCUCAGACUCCAGUGUCAUCACUACAAGACGCAGAAAAGGGAACUGCAAGAAGCACACCCGCGCCUUCGAAAUCUAUCAAAGUAGAACCUGAAGAAAAAGUGCGACCUCCUCCCGACCUCGACACCCUCUACCCUAAAUUCUGGUCCCUCCAAUCCCUCUUCUCUUCUCCUUCCCGAAUCUUUGACCCAGCAAACAUGGCCACCUUCAAAGACGGCAUUUCCAGCACACUCUCGGUCUUCAAGUCCGUCUCCCAGAGCUCCGCACCCAGUACAACCUCCCAAGACGUCAAGCGCGGCCUCAAGCGCAAACGUACCCUCACCAACACCGACUCCCCCACGGCAACAUCGUCUUUCAACCCUAAAUACUUAACGAAUCGGGACCUCUUUGACCUGGAGAUUCACGAUAUCGCAUUUCGGCGACACAUCCUCGUCCAAGCCCUCAUCAUGCUCGACUUCCUACUCAGUCUCGCGCCAGCCCCGAAAUCGAAGUUUGAGGGUCUUACGAACAAGUCUGUACUAUACCCCUACACGCUCUCCGACGAAGACACGAAAUGGGCGCAAUCUACGCGCUCGAGUAUCGCAGCAUACCUACAACAGGGCAAUGGCAACGAAGGGAAAUUUUACUACCGCAUGGUCGACACUGUCUUGUCGCGGGACAAAAAUUGGGUCCGGUGGAAGGCGGAGAAUUGCCCACCAAUCUCUAGAGAAAGCGUCACGGCGCAGGCGUAUCUGCAAGCCCGCGAUACGCUGACGAAGAUCGCCCACAAUGUGAGGUCGCCCUUGCCCAAUCCGCCAGGCGCCGCGGAUUUGGCUUUCCUUUCGCGUAUCGAACCGCUGGAGGCCUUGAAACAGCCGUCUCGUCGGUACAAGGUGCCGACGUUGGAGGAGUACUAUAAGGAGAUUGAGCGUGUUGACUUGGAUUUGGACUUUGCCGUGACGGACGAGGAAAAAGCGGAGCUCGAGGAGCGGAAGGCGGGCAAUCUCUGGAGGGCGCUGAGGGCGAGUAAGAAUCGGUUCGUCAUGUGUGAGAAGGUGCAGUAUGGAGGGGACAUGAAAGGCUUGGUGCAGGACGAUAAAGCGGAGGCUGAAGGGAAUGGGGAGAAGCAAGCUGAUACGGAAAUAGAUGUCAAGGAGACAGCGAAUGGAGAGGACGAGAAGGCAGAAGGCAAAGAGGAGACAAACGUGGACGAGGGUGGCAAGGUCAAUCGGGAAGAGAGUGCAGAAACCCAAGAGGAAGGCGGGACGAAGGAAGGAAAUGAUGCACAACAGCAAGAAGAACCCAUUCACGAGCAGCCGGACAAGGCUGAGGCUGAGGAAGGAGAUGCGGUUCAGCAGAAUCCUCAACCCACCGAAGAUACCAAGGAUACCGAAAUGGUGGAUGCGGGGGCUCCUGCACAGACGGAAGAGAAAAUCGAGAAAGACAUGACAGAACAAGACCCUGGUCAGAUAGAGUGAUCUGUGU